UUUUAAAAAAGCAAAAUUAGAACAUACAAGAAGAAUUAAUAUUUGCAAACUACAUUUCCUUCUCUUGAAAGCGGCGGCAGUUGUCCUCAUCGUUUAACAAGUGUGCUUUAAUGUGUUUUGGUUAAUGUUGUAGUUUUGGAACAGUUUUGAUCUCAGUUCAUUAAUAAUUCACUCCUCAACUAUACGAAUACUAAUAACCAAGCAAAUGAGCAAAAGCCACAGUCUUACAGACCAGUUUCUGUGUUUCUGUCGAGUUCUCUCCAAUCCUCUAAAGUCGGCCGCUUAGACCGGCUAAACAGGAGCAAUACCAGGGAAUUUGUUUUCUCUGUGUGAGAUCCAAGUAGAUAGAAUCGCGCAACUUGAUUGGUUGCUCGAGCGCGCGGUCUGAACUCGUUUUACAUCAGAAUCCGGAUUAUCCUGAAUGCUUACGUCAACUUUUUUCAAGCGACAUUUUCCAUGGUAUAAAAUAUAAUUCAACAAAAAUAGACCAGCUCUUUUCCUGUGUAAUUUCAGUCCUUAUUUUUCUAUCGUAGUAUAGUUUAUCGGUUCCCUGCAGUGAAGAGCAGAAAGACGAAAGAAUUAGAAAUUGGUUCAAAUGAGAAUGGAAACGCACCAUAGCUGAAGUUUUAAAAAGCAAAACUAGAACAUACAAGAAGAAUUAAUAUUUGCAAACUACAUUUCCUUCUCUUGAAAGCGGCGGCAGUUGUCCUCAUCGUUUAACAAAUGUGCUUUAAUGUGUUUUGGUUAAUGUUGUAGUUUUGGAACAGCUUUCAUCUCGAUUCAUUAAUAAUUCACGCUCGAAUAUACGAAUAUUAAUAACCAAGUCAAACAGGAAAAACUUCACUUUCAUGAAAUUCUUGAUCGUGCCACAACGCGACUGCUUGGUUGGAGUGUAUUAAUUCGAUAUAUAUAUCUCGCAGGAUAUCUCAGCAAGGAACAUCCUAAGGUUCACCAUGAACGCAACACUUUCCACAAUCGAAGGCUUCGCCCAGCAGUUUAAAAACCGAACAACUGCCAUUCGAAUAGUAGAAUCACUAAGUAUGUUGUUGAUCAACCUCAGCGCCUUUGCUGGCAAUCUUCUCCUUGGUAUCGCGGUCUUUAUAAACCCAAAUCUUCGGACAAUCACAAACAUUUACAUCGUAACGUUGGCCUUUUCGGACUUCCUGCUAUCUUUGCUAGGAAUUCCUUUCACGGUUGCCUCUCUGAUCGUCGGAUCAUGGCCGUAUAAUAACUUUGUUUGCCAGCUCCAGGGAUUCUGUAUUCUCCUCAUGUGCGCUAUAUCGUUACAAACCUUAGCUGUCACCGCUGUAAACAGAUAUUUUCGGGUGGUCCGUUCACGUGCGCUGUAUCUGAAAAUCUUUAACUUCAAGACAACAAAAAUAACAAUAGCAUUCGUGUGGAUCAUGGCUUUGUUUGCGCCUCUUCCCUACGUUGUUUCCGGGCAUGAAUUUUCCUUUCACCCUGCGAAAGUUUUCUGUGCGCACAACGCCGAAAGCUUGUACAAAGGUUACGGAGCGUACCUAGUUCUGUUUUUUGUUGCUAUACCACUGAUUAUCAUCAUAACUUGCUACACAAAAGUGUUUCUGGCGGUGCGCAAACACAACCUAAACUUCCAAAUUCGAAUCCGCUCGGGGAGCCAGUCCAAGCCCUCGAUUGACGGGUGUCUAUCAGUGGAUGAGGUGAACAUCACCUACACCCUUCUAGUGGUAGUCUGUGGUUUUCUGGCUUGUUGGACGCCUGUUGUAGUGGUCGAUAUGAUCGAUUUUAUAAACGCAGACUGGAAGCUUAAGCGACAAGUUUAUGUGAGCUAUACCUGUUUCGCAUUUGCCAGCGCUUCGCUCAACCCCGUCAUAUACGGCAUCAUGAACCGGUCCUUCCGCGCGGAGUACGCUCGGAUAUUGUCGUCCCUAAAAUUGUGGUCUUCCCACGACCAUCCUGAAGCCAACAACGAUGGAGAAUUAAAAAUGUCAACGACGCAAGGAUUAAGCUAAGUUUGAUUAGAAACAAAGUCGAUUUGUAAGUUGGCAUGCAUUAAAAUAUUCCGUAGAGUACAAGGUUGUAUAAUUUGAAAAGUAAGCGAGCAUAUCUACAAUCAAAGCUUGAAACAACUAAUCCCUCAUACGACUAGACAUUGAAUCGAUCAACGUUUGGACGGGUUGGUGAUCUACGAUCAUGAACUUCGGCGACUUAGAAGAGCAAUGGCCACCUGGUUUGAGUCUCCCGUAACUUACAAAAAAUCUUAGAGGGACUACAGGUCUUAGUUUAAGGACGUGAUUCUUUGCUGCUGGUAUAAAUUUACGAUCACAUUUGCAAAAGAGCAAGUUGGUAAAUCUUAUUAUUUUUUCCCUUAACUGAAGAAAAAAUUGUUCUGCAAAUAUGAAAAAACAAUUUAUUAUCUUUGAAAGGGGCUCUUAAAACACCUUGGUGUCCAUUUUCUAUGCAUUUAGUUGUUGAUUCAAACUAACCCACCAGGUCAUUGCGAGAUAUACCUUCGUAAAAGUAGAUAUAAAUAUAUACAUCAAAUAUUUCAAAAACAGUCUUAGAACCUAAAUACUUAAGUAAAAAUUGUUCAAAUUAUUGAUUCUCUGAAACUUUGAUCAGAAUUUUGCCAGACGCUUACCAGAUGUUCACUAUAGUUUAAGGCAAGUACGACUAUUUUAUCUCAAAUUCACUUUCACUAUUUUUCUGUCUGGACGACUCACGCCGGUGAACAAGAAAGUAAGCCUUGCGAACUAGACUAGAGCUGUGAAGUGCAGCGGUUCACGUCACUCACUUCUGUACAUACAAGGAAAGCGAAUCUUGAUAUGAACUUCAAACCGAGUACAUAGGAUCGGUACGGAUUGUCGUUUGUUUCAGAAUCGCGGAGAAGGUAUUCAUGAGCAGGUGUGCAUUAUUAAGAUAAAGAAAAUUGUAUGUAGCGCUAGAGUCAAUAAUUAAACUGUCAUCCCAGAUUUGAAAAUUAAAAGUCGUGGAUGACAGAUGUCUGCUAUUAAUGGCAUAUAGAGCAAGAUAAAUUGAAAGACAGCGCUAUUAAACUGUCGUCCUUAAUCUCUGUUAUUGAUAGUUCAACAGAACAGCGAGCGGUGGAUGACAAAGCCAAUUAAACACUACUAUCUAUGCACGGAUUAGAAUUUCGAUAAAAAUCCCUUCAGAAAACUGAAAUUAAAGGCCGAGACCUUUUCAAAUGUUUCUCGUUUUUAGCGCCCUUUUUAAGCUAUUCGAGUGAUUUUCUUUUCAAUGGAGACAAGCUCAGUUCGUGACUUGGUAACCUCGAAUUAAUGAAAAGUACAUUAAACUGUUAUCUCGUGGCUCAAAAAUAGAUUUUUGUGAACAAAAAUAUGCUCAUAAGUGAGAUAAAAUAAAUGCAACACAUUAAACUGACAUCUUUAGCCUGGAAACAGAUCGUUCAGUUGUGAAAAAACAGCUCAGCUAUCUGUCAAAACAGUUCUGCCCCAUCGAAACGACACGAUACAAGUCUUUUUCACUACAGCUA